GAAAAAACUAUGCGUUGACUUGGAUCUAUGAAUAUUGAUGUAGUUUGCGCCUCUACACCCUGGUGCAAGGUGUGUAGGAAAUUCUUCCACAAAGACACCGACAAAGACUUCCCUUCGAAAGAUAAGAAACGCCCCUCCAAGGGCAAGGACAACAAGGAGGAUAAGGGGAAGGAGGAGAAGGAGAAGGAGCAUGAAGGAAAGAAGGGGAAAGAGAAGGAAAAAGAGAAGGGAAAGGAGAAGGGAAAGGAGAAUGGGAAGGAGAAGGAGAAGGAAGAAGGAAAGGGAAAGGGUGGCAGCGAUGAAGAGGCGGUGAAGGUAAGGGAAAAAGGGGACAAGGGAAAGGAUGGGAAGGAAGUGGACAAGGGGGAGAAGAUACAGGAAAAGGAAAAGGAAAAGGAAAAGGAAGAAGAAAGAAGGGUCUUGGAGGAUAAGGAGAUGAAGGAUAAGGAGGAAAAGGCCGAUGGGGAUAGAGGGGGGGAAAAGGAGGCCUGGGGAAGUUGAAGGGGCACAAAGAUACAAAGGGCAGAAAGAAGAGCUUAUGGAAAAUAAAGCGUCGUAAGACCG